UCCGCCCUCGUUCUCGCUUCGCCUUUAGUUUGUCCCUCGCCGCGCGCCGUGGUCGGGCCUGGUGUCACAGCGCUGCUGUAGAGCUGCGGUCGUUUCCAGUGAAGGUCGUGAAGCGAAGAGAUAUUUCACCAUGUCCCUCACCAAGCCUUUGAUGAGAGGUCUCCUUGCCAAGAGGUUGAGGUUUCACUUGCCCAUUGCUUUCGUCCUGGCCCUUUCGGCUGCAGCUGCAUUCAAGUUUGCAGUAGCAGACCCCCGGAAACGGGCUUACGCUGACUUCUACAAGAAUUAUGACUCCAUGAAGGAGUUCAACGCCAUGAGGGAAGCUGGUGUUUUUGAAAGCGUGAGGCCCUCUGGUGAAUAAAGUGGCCUCUACCUCUGCAUUCCUGGUCUGUUUCCCGCACCCUGAUUAUUGGAUGUGAACAAAUAACCUAUUCUGAACUUCUGUCCUACUGCGAUGAUGUUUUGGGACGUCUGUGUAAAAUAAAAUGUCUUUUGACCCUC